CGUAGUCCGCACAGACGGCUCGCUCCGUUAACAUGCAGGAUCAUCUAGCGGAACCUGCGGCUCUGUUGACGUUAUUUGGAACCCGUGAUCGCAGAAGAAUUUACCUGCUGCAAAGCAUUUAAAAGCCAUCACGGUGCUAUGGCAGCUCAGAAGAUAAACGAAGCCCACGAGCACAUCGCCAAGGCUGAAAAAUGCUUAAAGACCAGCUUGACAAAGUGGAAGCCGGACUAUGACAGCGCAGCGUCGGAGUACUCAAAGGCAGCUGUGGCCUUCAAAAAUGCCAAGCAGUUUGAGCAGGCGAAGGAUGCUUAUGUCAAGGAGGCUGAGUACCACACGGAGAAUAAGGCUCUUUUCCACGCAGCAAAGGCUCUUGAACAAGCGGGUAUGAUGAUGAAAGACAUGAAGCGCAUGCCUGAAGCCAUCCAGUAUAUCGAGAAAGCCAGCAUGAUGUAUGUGGAGAACGGCACCCCAGACACAGCUGCUAUGGCGCUGGACAGAGCGGGAAAGCUCAUAGAACCCGUCAAUGUAGAAAAAGCCAUCGAUCUUUACAAGAAAGCAGCAUCGGUGUUUGAGAACGAGGACCGCCUCAGACAGGCUGCUGAGCUCUUAGGAAAAUCCUCCCGGCUUCUUGUGAGGCUACGCAGGCUUGAUGAAGCUGCAGCCUCCAUUCAUAAGGAAAAAAACAUGUAUAAAGAAAUAGAAAAUUAUCCAACCUGCUUCAAAAAAACCAUCGCCCAGGUCCUGGUGCACCUGCACAGGAAUGACUUCGUUGCAGCUGACAAAUGCGUCCGGGAGAGUUACAGUAUCCCAGGGUUCAGUGGGAGUGAGGACUGCGUAGCUAUGGAGCAGCUGUUGCAGGGAUACGACGAGCAGGACGAGGAUGUUGUGAACCGCGUGUGCAGCUCUCCUCUGCUGAAGUACAUGGACAAUGAUUACGCCAAGUUGGCAGUCACCUUGAAAGUUCCAGGGGGUGGGAAAAAGAAGAAAUCCCCAACUGUACCUCAAGGGGGCGCUGGAGCGCCAGCCGCAGCAGAGGAGGACGAUGAAUAUGAGGGAGGCCUGUGUUAGCUUACUGCUAUCUCACAAUGCCAUUACGCCAUAUAAAUAUACCCACCCAUCUUCCAACCGCUGUCCCAAGCAGCAUCCAGGGCCAUGAAUAUACAUUCCUCUGUAUUAUUUUUAAUAACCUAAUUACCUAGUUACAUAAACUCUAAUAUUUCAAAGACGACAAUCUCAUACUUCCCCACAAAUUAAAUCAUUAAUCAUAAUUGCAAACCUGAUUAACACCUGUAAUAAGGUCAUUCAUCUAAAAUGACCUAAAUGUUAAAAUUGAAUAUUAUUGUAGUAAAUAAUUUUCUUGUUUAGUGGUUCAAUGCAUUUAACCAUAUCAAAUAAGAGGUAAGUAUUUAUGAAAUGUAGAAAGUGGGGGAUAAUGUUUCCUUUUUAGAUUAACAGUGGUUUUGUUUAAGGUGUCUGUAGUGUCAUAAAUUAUUUAAAUUGUGGUGAACUGUCUUGUAUGUUAAAGUAAAUUGUUAUAAUGUACAGAAAUUAUUAAGCAUAUUAUCAGGAAUGCAAAGCGAGCACAAACAGUGAUUCCAUGAAAUGCAAAGAAAUGUCUAAGGCUGGUGAUUUUAACAUGUAUUACUGCACUAUGAUCUAGUGUCAUUGGUAAGAAUUAACAGAAGGUAAAGCAAACACACUGAAUUGUUGCUCUUCCCGGAGGGUGAGCUUCCGUUUCAGCAAUGGUGGCUGGCCAGGGGACGGCCAUCCUGUACAAACUGAAAGUAUCUAGAACAAUGGAUGGUCAUGUCAGUCAGCCUUUGGCAGAGAUAUUUAGUUGUAUGCCAAAUAUUACACUUAUUUUUCAAUCAAACUUGUUUGCCAUUAUCAACUGUUAUUUUCAGUUAAUCCUCUUGUGAAAUACCCACAUUUGUUUACUCAGUGACUAUUUUUCUUUCUCUGUGGUGUUUGACACAUUUAUAUGUAUUAUUCACAAAACCCAGUGAAGGACUCACUCUCAUCUGGUCACAUUCAUAACUGUGAUGCUGUCUUGACGAAGCUCCCCUCUGUGCAGAUGCCUGCUAGUGUGGAUGUCCUGCGCUUCCCUCUGUCAGAUUCUUCCACAACAUCAGGUUCUACUUAAAUCCCAUUUUCUGUAUAACCGUGGUGUUUGUUCCUGUAGUAGGUCCGAGAUUUUCUGUGUCACCUGUACGAUGUAUCAGUGCAUUAAAGAGAGAUACAUAUGUAAGAAGAAAUAAAACAGCUUUAAAUGAGGA